CCGACGCACCGCCGGAAUCGGAAGUUCCUACUAGCUGGUGUUUAGGUAUCGGUUCGCCUUCCCCCGCGAGCGGAGACGGGUGUCGCGGCAUGGAGACAGGAGGGGUCGAGCCCCCAGAGCCGCCUUCCCCAGCCGUCGGCUCUCGAGCAGAUGUAGAGGAAGGCAACUCAGACAGAGGGAUGGUUGAAAGCGGUCUUCCGGACAACAUUGAGGCUGCAAAGCCACUGGACUCUGCAGAAGAGAUGGUGGGAAUUCUAGCACCCACAGACUGCCUUCCGAAGGACAGUGGUGCUCCCAGUGAGGCUUUACAAAUGGUCCACAGGGGGGAACAGAAGCCGGAUGCUUCAGGUGCCAGUGGCUGUAGGGCAACUAAGAGCUCUCCGCUGCGCCGGCCUCUCUGGGGAGAAGAGAUGUCAGGGGUCCCAAACCCACAGAGCUCCCCCUUGAACUGGAAUGGGGCAUCUAAAGCACCAGGAAGUCGUCGGGAAGAGCACUCAUGGAACCCUGGCUCCAGCCUUCCUUCUGGGACGCACAAGGCCAUCAGUGCAUUUCUUUCCUCCUGCUGGAGUGAGCUGAAGACUGAGCCGCCAUCUGCAAAUAACCUGAGCAAGCCAUCUCAGCAGGGCAGCGGAGAAUCAGAGGUUAUGGCUACUGAAGACACGCCCUCUAAUGGCGGGGAGGCCUCUGACACCAAACAGCCCCACUGGGGCGGCGGAAAGCCGGAGUCCGUUGGCUCCAAUUCGCCACCUGCUGGACCCGCAGAGGACGAUGACCCUGCUGUCCUCGCCAUGUUCCACGCCGUGGCCAACAGCCGCUUGCCUGUGAGGAGCCAGCAGAAGGACGAGCCGGAUUUCACGCCCGCGCAGAAGCUGGCUAUCUUGCGAGACUUGUAUCACAGCAAGCCGCUGGUGUUCCUGGAGCGGUUCCGGACGGUCCUGCGAGAGGAACACCUGCCUUGCUUCCGCCACCUCUCCGGCAGCUACGAGGCAGACUUCUACUGUGCCGAAGUGCGCAGGGCCAGCCUGGGCAAGACGCGCCACACCCGGGUGCGGAACAAGCGCUACGCAGCCCUGCAGCAGCUCAUUCAAGGUGGGGAGUACUUCAGCGACGAGCAAAUGCGCUGCCGGGAGCCCCUUCUUUACGAGCAGUACAUCGGGCAGUACCUGAGCGACGAGGAGAUGCAGGCCCUGGGCAGCGGCAAGCUGGAGGCCUCCUGCUCUCUCUCGGGCGUCCUCCUGGACUCCUACCAGGAGCAGGUCAUCCAGCGGCGGCUGCAGGUCCAGCAGGAGCAGGAGGAGGCCUGCGAAGAGGAGGAAGAGGAAGACAGCGAUGAUGAAGACAAGGCCUCUGACCUUGACAUGGACGAGUGGGUGCCUGAACAGGAGGAGAAGGCCUGCUUGCGGGAAGAGUUCACCAGCCGCAUGUACCAGCGCUUCCUCGACGGCAAGGAUAGGGACUUCAACUACAGCGAGGUUGACGAGAACCCCGACUUUGACAACCUGGACAUCGUGUCGCGGGAUGAGGAGGAGCGCUACUUCGAUGGGGAGGAGCCGGAAGACGCAGACGCUAUGGAAGCAGAGUAGAUGGGGCUGAGAUCCUGACCCCCCCAAG